AUUGAAAAUUAUUCUAAAUUUAAUGUUGAAAAAUCACAUAGGUUCUUUAAGGAAUUCUUUUGCAUUUAUCGUAAAUAAAAUUCCUAAAUAAAGUGUCUCUAAAUUUAAAGUUAUUACUUCCAAAGGAUCUUCGAAUGCCAGCCCAUGCCUUUGCUACUUACGAAAUAUAAAGUUUCCAAUAAGGUUUACAAUGCUAUGCGACUGUUGACAAAAUGUCUUAAGCGGAAUGCUGAAGAAGGUUUUAAAUUCGUAGUCCCGGAAAACCGAAAAACAGUAGUAAAGAUUGAAAAUACUUAUAAGAAAUGUGGAACUAAUAGUGGUAUUAACUUGAAUUUAAUCCAGCAAUCAUCGUGCAUUAAACGUGGUCAAUUCUAUGUAAACUUAGAUCGUUUGGAUGACAAGUAUUUCAAUAAAUUCGAUAAGAGAAAAGACUCAGAUAAUCAUUUUGAUGAUGAGAUUAAAAACACAGUGGAAGAAAAACUUAUGAAUCACAUGGCUUCGGGAUCAAAUCUACGUUAUUCCACUAAGUCUGCUCUACAUUCCAUAAUUGAGAGACUACCCAGAAUUAUUAAAAUUGAUUAUAAAUUAUCAUCUCCCCAAUACAGGAACGUAAUAUAUAAUAUAGAUACAAAAUUUAUAAAAGAAGGCGCUCUAGAAUACACACCAGAGAAACCUCCCGAAGCAGAACUGAAUACAACUACAACUGAUGUGUCUUUCAAACUUUUAAACAAAUUGAAUGUUAAGAAAACUCUUAAAAGUAGUACAGCUAAAGUUAUUAAAAAGUACCAAGAAUAUCCAAAACGUCUGUACUUCAUUCCCUGGAAUAGGUCGAGUACCAAAAACGAUGCCAAGAAGAAUGUCAAAAAGGAUGAAGAAUAUUUUAAAAAUAAUGUUUUAAAAAAACUUGUUAAGUUUGAUGAACCUGAAACUGCACUGAUAGAAAAGUGGUCUACACAGAAACGUCCGAUUUUUAACAAACUUCCUGAAAAUACUUCUCUCCCUUAUGUUUCUCAGCUGAAUUUAAUGGAAGUACCAAAGUUUGUUAAACUUCAUAUGCCUAGGCUAACUAAAGAACACUUUGACAACAUACUUAAAAUGGGGAAGGUUGUUAAUAAUGAGGAGUUUCAGGAAACAUUAGAUGUAAUGAACAGCGUUCAAGGUGAGAAUAAAUUAAAUGAGCAAAGUGACCAUGAGAAUGCAAUGGAUGAGAAGAACGAAAUUGAAGUGGUUUCAAGUACUGAAAAUGUUGCAGAUGUCAUGCCUAGUGCAACUGAUGAACAUAGCAAAAAACCAAUCUCUGUAAUUGGGAAGAGUUUUAACAGUUUUACACCGAUAAAUUUUAUAAAGUCUGUCGAAUAUAAAACUACACAACCAUUUAAAGAAAGCUGGACUGGUCAGAAACGUCAAUCUUUUAGAAAAUCUUCUGAAAGCACUCCUUCACCAUACAUUUGUCAACUUGAUUUAAUGGAAGUACCAAAGUUAAUCAAAAUUCCAGCAUCUAAGUUUAGAAAAAAUCGAAACAAAAAAAUAAUGUCAAUUGUUAAACAAAAGGAACUUAAGCGCACAUCGAAUGAGAAACUCUGCUUAAAUGAACAAAGCACCUCAAAAAAUUUAGUGAACAUCACGCCUAGUGCAGAUGAUAAAUAUCUUGAAAAACUCGAUACUAACAAAACACCUAGUCCUAUUUUAACCACAACAAAAAAACAGAAAGAUUAUCGAAACUUACCUACUAAAAAUGUAAAUACCGAAGGUGAACAAAAUUCUCUGCGUUGUAAUAAAAAUAACAAGAAAAAGGAUAACAACGCUCUAAAGACCCCUAAUGUAAAGUAUAAAAAUGAAUACAAAUUCAAUAAGGACAAUAGCAGUGACAUUGAUAUAAAUAAAAUGUGCCCGCCGUUGCCAAUAAAGAAGAAGGAUGAAGAUCGAGACAAAUAUCUAACUAAAACCCCGAAGCGAUAUUUUCACCAAAAUAAAGUUAGAAAACAUGAAUCCACAUGUUAAAUUAAAUAUGAACAAAAUCGAAAGGAUAGCAAAUAUUUAAACAAAUGAAAUGUUGAAAGCACGUAAAGCAUGGAAAGGUGUAGACGAACUAUCCUUUCUUAUAACUGGAACAAUUUUCCAGUUAUAAGAAAGGAACUUCAUCCUUUUAAGGAUUAACCAUUGAUAAUUGAGAUUUUCGGAUUAUAUAUCAAAGACAUCUUUAUUGCAUUUUGGUGAAUAAAAGUUAUGUAUUGUUAACAACAGCGAAAAGUUCUGGCAUGUUUUGACGGGAAUAUACAGUUCUACCUUCCAUGUAUAAGUAAUAUUUUGUAUGGAUACUGGAGAGCAACAACUAAGUACUAAGGGGAAUUCUAAAAAUCUAUUACACUUAUCCUAUGUAUAAAAACAAAAAACUUAUCUUAAUCAGUAAAUUCUUUAGACACUAUAUAUAAAUGUCAGAUAAAUGCAAACGAAAA